UGCACUGCAGAGCAGGAUGAGGAGUGGAGUGUGUGGGGUGUGUGUGUGGACCGUGCUGCUGCUGGGGGUAGGAUGGGUGCAGGGACAAGGCCAAGGCCAAAGCAACUUCACAAGGCCCACAUUCCUGUGUGGAGGACACAUAGUGACUGACUCAGGGUUCGUGGGCAGCGAGGGAUUCCCUAACUUCUACAAGCCCAACACUAAGUGCACCUGGUACAUCACCGUGCCAGAAGGUCACGUGGUUAUGCUCCAGUUCCGCAUCUUCGACCUGGAGGCCGACCCCACCUGCCGCUACGACUACGUGGACGCGUACAACGGUCACUCGUACACGACGCAGAAGCUGGGCCGCUUCUGCGGGACGUUUCGGCCCGGCGCCAUCAUCUCCACCUCCAACCUCAUGAUGCUGGAGAUGGUGACGGACGGAGGCAAUGGCGGCCGAGGCUUCCUGGCCUACUUCAGCGGAGGAAAGCCACACGUGGACGAGAACCAGUUCUGUGGGGGCCGGCUCACCAAGCCCACGGGGUCGGUGAAGACGCCCAACUGGCCCGAAUCCGAUUACCCAGCAGGCAUCAGCUGCUCCUGGCAUAUCACCGUGGAAACCAACAUGGUGAUUGAAGUGAGAUUUGAAAAGUUGGAUUUGGAACACGACAUGUACUGUCGCUAUGACUACGUGGCGCUUUUUAACGGUGGGGAGACGGAUGACUCGCGGAGAAUAGGGAGGUUCUGUGGGGAUGCAGUACCAGAGCCUGUAGUGACCAAUGCCAAUGAGCUCCUGGUUCAGUUUGUGUCUGACCUGAGCGUGACCAAAGCCGGCUUCAUGGCCCACUACACCAGCAUCCCCAAGGGCUCCCGGUCGCCCACCAGGGACAUCGACUACGCCCCGGGCCCCCGCGUGGAGUCGGGCUCGGGCUCGGUCAGGCCCAGCCCCCGUCCGCCCAGGCCUCAGCCGGCCCGGCCCACUCCCAAACCCGCCCUGAGACCCAAACCCACUCCGGCGAGACCGGCACGGCCUCAGCCCAAACCCGCGCCGCGCCGGCCCACGCCCAAACCCAGAACCAGACCCACCCCGAAGCCCAAACCGGUCCGGCCGACGGCUAAACCCAGAGUGAGACCCACGCCCAAGCCCAAGCCCAAGCCGAAACCCAAAGCGACACCGAAACCGAAACCGGCCGCCAAGCCCAAACCAACGCCGAAGCCCAAAAUAAAACCCACGCCAAAACCGGGCACAAGGCCGGGACCUAAACCAGGGGUCAAACCCACUCCCAAACCAGGGACCAGACCGGUCAAGCCCACUCCCAAACCAGGGACCAGACCCAUCAAGCCCACCAGAAAGCCUGGAACUAAGCUUGUUGUAAAGCCUCCACGGCCUACACCUAAGCCCAAAGUGAAGCCCACUCCAAAACCAGCUUCCAAACCUGGCACCAAACCGGCAAGCAAACCGGGCCAGAACAGCACCGGCACCGCAGCGAAGCCGGCCAAGAAACCCGUAGCAGCAAACCCCUUGUGCACACAGGCUUGUAAGAGGACAGGCACCAUGGAGUCCAAUUUCUGCCCCAGUCACUUUGUGCUGACGGGUAGAGUGAUGGCGGUGUCCGCGGGCCAGCAGGGCACUGUCGAGGUGGACGUGUCCAUCAUCAAGCUCUACAAGGCCGGAGCGCUGAAGGUCGCCAAGAGGGGCCCCGUUAUGUCCGUCACCCUGACGACCACCUGCAAGAAGUGCCCGGCCAUCAAGAAAGGAGGGAACUACGUGAUGAUGGGUGAGGUCAAUGCAGAAGGUCGGGGAAUUAUCCAACCCAGCAGCUUUGUACUGCUGUACAAGAUCGUCCACGCCAAGGCUCUUGCCACCUACGCCAAGGCACAGUGCUGAUAACAGGGCGCCAGGCAAGCAACGCCGCUUGGUCGACGCUCGGGCAUCAAUGCCAAGCCGAAGGCGAGGAAGACAUGCUGCCCAGUCGAAGAGAUCGAGGCAAGCAUUUGAAACAGACGGAGAUGAAUUUUGGGUGGGUGGGAGAAUCAACAUGUGUGAAGAGGUGCUCAUAUUUGUCAUUAUAUCAUUUAGACAUCCAAAGUAUAUUCUCUCGGUAUACCCUGUCAGUGCACCUAAAGUAGGCCUACGUAGGCUACUGAAAUUGAGCAGAUAUCACGCUGGUAAAAAAAUAUAAUGUGAUUAACAUCUAUUUCAACACUCUGCUGAGUGCAUGUCACCAAAAGUAUUCAUUGUUUUUGUAUUUUUAUAUACAUGAGAUAUUAUACUGUAACUGUUGAGUUACUUGGAUUUGUAUAAAUUAUGAUGGGGAUUUAAUAAAAAUGUU